GUAUGCUCCUAGCCGUUGUGAGAGGUCCUAUCUUUUUAGUAAAGUUUAAAACCACGAGGGGUUUUGAGUAUGGGUUUGAGAAUGGCCAUUUCUAGAGCUUACAUUUCCUUUCUCUCCACCUUCUUUAUUCUCUUUCUCUUGAGAAAUAAUGGUGGAGUGGGUGCUACCACCCUUGGAUAUUACUCUGAAUCAUGCCCUAAUGUGGAGGAAAUUGUCAAAUCAAGUGUUGAAUUCUUUGUUUCCAAUGACAAUUCCCUUGCCCCAGCUCUUCUUAGACUACACUUCCAUGAUUGCUUUGUACAUGGAUGUGAUGGUUCGGUGCUCUUGGAGGGGUCUUCGAGCGAGAUGAGCGCGCCUGCUAACACCGGGCUACGUGGUUUCCAGGUGAUAAUGGAUGCAAAGGCUGGCGUUGAAGCAAGGUGUCCCGGUGUUGUCUCGUGUGCUGAUAUCCUCGCACUCGCCGCACGUGAUGCCGUAGUUUUGACAAAGGGACCGUCAUGGGAGGUAGCGUUGGGAAGAUUAGAUGGACUCAAAUCUUCAGCUUCGGACACUAAUGACAUGCCCUCGCCUUUUGACUCCAUCUCGCUCCUUGCUACCAAAUUCGCUGCCAAGGGCCUCUCACUUGAAGACCUCGUUGCACUUUCAGGGGCUCACACAAUCGGCCAAGCUGACUGCCACUUCUUCAGCUACAGGCUCUACAACUAUGGCACGACCGGAGCCUCGGACCCCUCUCUAAACUCCUCUUCUCUAAACGAGCUCAAAGCCAUUUGCCCCUCUCUCUCCUCCAAUAAUAGAGCUGCCCUCGAUAAGGGGAGCAGACAAACAUGGGAUAACGCUUAUUAUAAAAACAUAGGGGCCGGGAACGCUCUCUUGGAGUCAGACUCGAAGCUUGGCUCGGAUGGCUCGACGGGUGGACUCGUGAGUCGGUUUGCAGGCUCUUUGAGCGAGUUCGACUCGACCUUUGUGAGGUCUAUGGUGAAGCUGGGGAAUGUGGGGGUAAAGACUAAGGCUGGUGGGGGUGGGGAGAUCAGAAGGAUGUGUCAAGUCACAAACUUUUGAUUUUUUUUUGAUAAUUAAUCUCUGCUUUUUUUAACUUUUUUUUAUCUUUGAAUUUUUUUUUUUCUUUUUUUUUUUUGAAGAGGGAGGGGGGAAAGGCCAGACAAAAUGUGGCCCCAACUUGUUAGUGACAAGAUGUGUGCUAUUUUGUUGGGGGGAGAGGUGAAAGUGCUUCAACCUUUUGUGUGUGCGCGCGUGCGAGAGAGAUUCCUAGCAAAAGAGAAUUUGUUUGGCCCAUAAUUGGAGUUCCCUUGAAGAAUCCAUAGCUACUUAUUUUUAAAAGAGCUUGGGGAUUUUGAGUUUUUUUUAACAUUUAGAUUUUGCCUUCUAAAACUUGGACGGUCCCCUGUUCUAUCUUGUGUUGUAACUUCUUUGAAGUACAAAGAAUGUGCAAUUUUAACCCUUUUUUUAGGUUGGUGAGGUUUAAGAGGUCACAUUCUUACAAUUUGGGUCCCAAAAAUAUUCCUAGCACAACUUCUACAAAUGUACAAUAUGCUCUCGCAACAGGCCCCCCCUGGCUGGCCCCUUCUCUCUCUAAAAACUUACAUAUAAACGUCUCGCUUUCAAGAGAAAAAGCGAAAAGUACACUGACCCUAUCCUUAUUGUUUUAUUGUCUAAUUUAGAAACCGCACCCUUUAUAAUAUGGGUGCAGUUGCCAUACGGAUGCAUCCGUAGAUCUAGA